CCCACAUAUAUGGGUCAGAAUUAAAACAGUUCUGACAGACUUAUGCUUAUUAUGAAACUAUUCUUUAUUAUAGCUUCUGUAUAACAUGUGGAGUUAACGCAGACUCACGCACUCACUCACUCACACUCACACGCGCGCACUCUUUACCACACUGACCUACUUUCUCAGCAUGCGCUCCUCUAAUGGGUCACGACACGACAAUAAUAAACAGACGCACGCACGCACGCACACACACACAGUUGUAUAAAUAAACGAGUCAAAUUGAAGGUAAGGACACGUACAGACGUGUCUCCCCCCGCUGAUGUAGAUGUAGACCCUCCAUGUUUCUGCACGGUGGUGGUGCUGGUGGUGUUGGUGUUGUUGGUCCGAGCUGCAGCCGAGCAGAUCCAUGUUUUCCUCCGCUCACGUGUAGCAGCUGCUGGGCAGCGGUCGUCAAGCUGUCGGGAGGAGAGCUUAUUAUGGGAGCUGCUCCUGCUGUCCUAUAUCAGCAGCUCGUCUCCAGUCAGCAGCAGCUAUGGCUCCGACUGAACACCGUCUUCUUCUCGAGUUGUUUUUGAGCCGCUCAUUUUCAGGAUGAAGCGAGGAAGGACAGGCCUCAAGCUCCAGACCUUCCCCUCCCAUGAGGAGAGGGCUAAGAGACAGAAGUGUAGGGCGUCCAGCUUCACCCUGGCUACGUCAGAGGACUGGGGCAACCUGCCCCACCACAUCAUCCUGCAGAUCUUCCAGCAUCUGUCCCUUGUUGAUCGGGCCAGGGCGUCGUCAGUGUGCCGCUGCUGGAAUGACGUCUUUCACACCCCUGACCUGUGGAGGAGAUUUGAGUUUGAGCUCAAUCAGCCGGCUACGUCUUACCUGCGCUCCACUCACCCUGACCUCAUUCAGCAGAUCAUCAAGAGGCACGCCCAGCACCUGCAGUAUGUCAGCUUCAAGGUGGACAGCUGCACAGAAUCUGCAGAGGCGGCCUGUGACAUUCUCUCCCAGCUGGUGAACUGUACCAUCAAGACCCUGGGGCUGAUUUCUACAGCACGGCCCAGCUUCAUGGAUGUGUCUCAGGCCCACUUUGUGUCUGCGCUCACAGUGGUGUUUGUCAACUCCAAGUCCCUGUCCUCUAUCAAGAUUGACGACACACCGGUGGACGACCCGUCCCUGAAGGUGCUGGUUGCCAACAACAGCGACACCCUGAAGUUGCUGAAGAUGAGCAGCUGUCCUCACGUCUCCCCAGCAGGUAUCCUGUGUGUUGCGGACCAGUGCCAUGGCCUCAGAGAGCUGGCAUUGAACUACCACCUCCUGAGCGAUGAACUCCUGCUGGCCCUGUCCACUGAAAAACACGUCCACCUGGAGCACCUGCGCAUUGAUGUGGUUAGCGAAAACCACGGCCAGACACACUUUCACACCAUCAAGAGGAGCAGCUGGGAGGCUUUGGUGCGACACUCACCCAAGGUCAACAUCGUCAUGUACUUCUUCCUCUAUGAGGAGGAGUUUGAGCCCUUCUUCCGCGAGGAGACUCCAGUCACACACCUCUACUUUGGCCGGGCGGUCAGCAAAGAGAUGCUCGGCCGCAUCGGCCUGAACUGCCCCCGGCUGGUGGAGCUGGUGGUGUGCGCCAACGGCCUCGAGCCCCUUGAUGAGGAGCUGAUCCAGAUCGCGGAGCGCUGUAAAUGCUUGACGGCCAUCGGCCUAGGCGAGUGCGAAGUGACCUGCAGUGGCUUUGUGGAGUUUGUAAAAUUGUGCGGGGGCAGGCUGACUCAGCUGUCGAUCAUGGAGGAGGUGCUGAUCCCAGACAGCAGCUACAACAUGGAGCAGAUGCACACUGAGGUGUCCAAGCACCUGGGCCGCAUCUGGUUCCCUGAUAUGAUGCCCACCUGGUAGGCCGGAGGCUAAUGAAGCGCACAGUUACACAUUUUAGUUUUUAAGCGAAGCUACAGUGUCAGACAGCAGUAGGCGAGAGACAGAUUCUCAGUCGUCGGUGUUGCUGGACGGCAUUAUUUAUAAAGCUGUCACUGGUAUUUUUACCUGUGAAAAUGUUCUGUUUGGACUAAUACUGAAAAUGUUGUCUCAUACAAAAACGCUGGCAGAUGGGUGUCUGUCUGUGUACCAUGUAUGCACACAGUACAUGUUGAGAUGUGACUGUCUGAAUCUUCAGUCUCUCACCGCAACCUUGCAACCACUGUGUGUAAAGGAAGCAGAUCUGCCAUCUGCUGGUUACUUGUUAAAAGCACCAGACUAAAUUUAUUCUUAGCAGCCUCUCCCACACACAGACAUUUUACAGGAUAAAUUGCUUUUACGCUGUCAUAUAUCAUCAGUGUAUGCUGCUCGAUCAGGUGUUAUUUUACGGUAAACUGUUGUCUUUUAGCUUUCUGCUAUCCUGCUAAUAUCACCCCGUCUACUCCUGCUGAAGUUGACUAUGUCCUACAUUACCCAGGAUACAUUUUGGAGGCAGAAACACUGCCUGAAGUGUGUUGAUAGAGUGAGCAUCAACAGUGAUAGUGCUGCAGCCCAAAGGAGGAACAAGAGUUUCCAGUCAAGCAAGAGUCACGCCUUCAUGUAAAACACAAAAGGUGUUUUUAUGUUUGUCAGUGGAGACUUUAAAGGAACAGUUCACCCAAAAAUGUAAAUUCAGUCAUUAUCUACUCACCCUCAUGCUGAUGGAAAGUCAGUGAAGUUUCGUAGCCCACAAGACAUUUUGGGGAUUUUCACAGUAAAACAGCAUUGCAGCAUUCUCACCAACAAAUGAGGCAGAUGUUGGACUUGUUUUAAAACAUAAAAACAGAACUGAAAGAAAACAUAAAAUUAUUCCAUACAGCUCAUCAGGGAUAAUACAAGUUUCUGUAAGCCAAGAGAUUGAAAUUGAUUUGAAACAAUGUUAUUUGCACUUUUUUUCUCCCCUGAAUCUUUAUUGUAGCCUCUAAGCUGUGUUAGUGCGCAGCUCGUCGAAAGUGAAAUUGUAAAGUUGAGGGUGUAGAGUUCCCUUCUGUUCUGGUUGUUUAGGAGAAUACUGCAACACUGUUUUUCUGUGAAGCUCCAGAAAUGACUUUGCAUUGGUUUGGGAUUAAAUAGAUAAUGACUGAAUUUUCAUUUUUGGGUGAACCUAUACUUCAAUUUAAAUUAUGUUAUAACUAAAGAUUGAUUUUCAGCCGUUUAAAGCUAGCCAGUAAACACAAGACAAAACACAACCAAACAACAAAAAGGACCCUGCGAUAAAACACCUGUAGAGUAAUAAUGAUAAUAAAAAAGGGAUUUUUCUUUUAAGUUUUGUCACAAGGUAAGAAAUAUGCAGGGUGUUCGAAAAAUAUUCAAUAUUCAUUGAAGAUAAAAAGAUAUGGAAUAACCUUAGUUGAAUGAGGGAUAAUUAAAAAACAAGAGUUUGCUGAUUGCCUUUAUAUCAUUAAUGUUCUACCUGGAUCAGUUUUCCCUCUCAUCAGGACUUCUUUCACUUCUGAUGGAGGGGAUGCCUGAAAAAGUUGGAGAAGCACUGAUGUAGGAGCGCAUCUGGCUUAAAAAACGGUUUCUACACCAGAUGUCUUUAUUACAUUAAGUAGUUAAAAUGACAUUUUUCAUCAAGAUAUUUUUUUGUUUUUGUUUUUUUUACCACAUGAUACCAAUUUAUUUUGUGCAAAAUAGUUCUGGUGCAUGAAACAAAACUGCCUGUUUAAUGUUUAAUGAACAGUAUCCAGUGCCACACCACGUGAUCUAUCGAAACAACUAUGAAGAAUUGCCUUGUGUUUGUUAAUUUGUCAUUUAAAUGUCAAUUAUUUACGAAAUGUGUUGACAUGUUUUUGUAUGUAUAUGCACCCCUGACAGUCUUUUCAGGUCUAGGAAGUCCUCUUCAUUGUAACGGCUGUUUCUUUUAUUAGGAUGUAUUGAUUCACAAUAAAAGAGUUUCGGAAAAAUAA